AUGAGCGAACGGAGCCGAAACAGCUGCGAAGACUACCCCAUAGUCUACUUCUCCGUGGACCCGGUGACCAUCGGCCAGGUCACUCUUCUAAAUGGGUUCUUGUCAGUCCUCUUGCGCGACAUCGAUUUCGAGAAACUUCCGGAAUUCGAUCCCCAGGAAACAAGCCGUGUGUACAACUUGUGCCAUGCAAACUUCAAGUCCGGCAUCGAGACCUACGAGGUCAUGGCGGUGCCGACAUUCGAACAUACUCUAAUACUUUCCAUAGCGUCGUUACGAGCACAACAAGACGGAAACCUUGCAUUGCAAUGGACAGUAAUGUCAGCAGCCGCAAGACACUGUCUCGCCCUGGGCUACAAUCGGAAAGCAAGAUUAGCGACGUUGUCGAGAGAAGAGGCUCGCAGAGCGCGACGCCUGUUCUGGCACGUCUAUUUCGCAGACCGCGGUCUGACUCUGACCCAAGGGAAAGCCGCAAUCAUCCAAGACUUUGACAUCGACGUGGAACCUUUCGAGAUCUCCAAUAAACCCGAGCGACGCCCAUGGGACACCUCCUUUUCUGCAUUUAUCGAAUUCGGACGGAUACAAUCCAAGAUCUACGAGCACCUCUAUUCCCCAGCGGCUUCGAGGACGAGCGACGAGGAACGCAGUGCUUCGGUAGCACAUCUCACGAAGCGACUGUCGGCGUGGUACGACUCGUGGCGAAGCGUGGACUAUACGCAUGCUUAUCGCAAAGAACUAUUUCAAUUCACCUUUGACGGGCUCGAUGUGGUUUACUACUCCAUUCUAACACUAGUUCAUCGCGGAGCCAACUCAUCGAACUCCGCGAGCUCCAUAACUGAGGAGUGCUUCGACGCGGCAAGAAAGGGACUCACGGCGCAUGCGACCGCCUUCCCUCGGUCCGCGUCUGGGGGUUACGCCGCGUUGUUCAGUUACGCAGUCUGGACACAUCUCUACUCCUCCUUUACUCCCUACAUAAUCACAUUCCUCCACUGCAUCAGACACUCCGACGUCGAAGACCUUAACCUGCUCCGAAGCACCUUGGAAAUCAGCGAGCGACUCAGCGGGUUGGUCGAGUCAUGCAAGCGGCAGUACGAGCUGUGCAGGUCUCUGUACCGCAUCGCGGAGGCAUACAUCAAGUCGAAGAAAGGCAUCGCCUUCGUGGACGGAGCGCUUGAGAACACUAUCCACCUGCCGCUGCAGCAGCCUGCCAUGGAGAACUGGCCGACCUUUGACUCGCAGUUGGAGCCGAACGCUUUCCCGGAUCUACACGUGGACGAGUGGAAUAGUACGUACAUGGGGCAGAUGUCGUUUACCUUGGACAAUCAGCUGGGCAAGGGUAAUACUUAG